GGAGGAGCUGGCUGAGCGUCUGCAGAGCAGAACUCUCACAGGGUGCCAAGGUGAACUCAGAUCUAACCUGAAGAAGAAGUUUGACUGUUUGUGUGAGGGGAUUGCUAAAGCAGGAAACCCAACACCUAUGAAUCAGAUCUACACAGAGCUGUACAUCACAGAGGGAGAGAGUGGAGAGCUCAAUGAGGAACAUGAGGUCAGACAGAUUGAAACAGCAUCCAGGAAACCAGUCAGACCAGAAACACCAAUCAAAUGUGAGGACAUCUUUAAACCUUUACCUGGAAGAGAACAAUCAAUCAGGACAGUGAUGACAAAGGGAGUGGCUGGCAUUGGGAAAACAGUCUUAACACAGAAGUUCACUCUGGACUGGGCUGAACACAAAGCCAACCAGCAUGUCCACUUCACAUUUCCAUUGACUUUCAGAGAGCUGAAUCUGAUGAGAGGGAAAAAGUUGAGCUUGGUGGAACUUCUUCAUCACUUCUUCACUGAGACCAAAGAAGCAGGAAUCAGCAGGUUUGAGCAGUUCCAGGUUGUGUUGAUCUUUGACGGUCUGGAUGAGUGUCGACUUCCUCUGGACUUCAAGAACAACCAGAUCCUGACUGAUGUUACAGAGUCCACCUCAGUGGACGUUCUGCUGACAAACCUCAUCAAGGGGAACCUGCUUCCCUCUGCUCGCCUCUGGAUAACUGCACGACCUGCAGCGGCCAAUCAGAUCCCUCCUGAGUGUGUUGGCAUGGUGACAGAGGUGAGAGGCUUCACUGACCCACAGAAGGAGGAAUACUUCAGGAAGAGAUUCAGAGAUGAGGAGCAGGCCAGCAGAAUCAUCUCCCACAUCAAGACGUCACGAAGCCUCCACAUCAUGUGCCACAUCCCAGUCUUCUGCUGGAUCACUGCUACAGUUCUGGAGGACGUGUUGAAAACCAGUGAGGGAGGAGACCUGCCCAAGAACCUGACUGAGAUGUACAUCCACUUCCUGGUGGUUCAGUCCAAAGUGCAGAACGUCAAGUAUCAUGGGAGAGCUGAGACAGAUCCACACUGGACUCCAGAGACCAGGGAGAUGAUCCUGUCUCUGGGAAAACUGGCUUUUGAGGAGCUGGAGAAAGGCAACCUGAUCUUCUAUGAAGCAGACCUGGCAGAGUGUGGCAUUGAUAUCAGAGCAGCCUCGGUGUACUCAGGAGUGUUCACACAGAUCUUUAAAGAGGAGCGUGGCCUGUACCAGGACAAGGUUUUCUGCUUCGUCCAUCUGAGCGUUCAGGAGUUUCUGGCUGCUGUUCAUGUCUUUGUGACAUUCAUCAACUCUGGAGUCAAUCUGCUGUCAGAAGGACAAUCAACCUCCCAACUAAAACUCCUCCAGAGUGCUGUGGACAAGGCCUUACAGAGUCCAAAUGGACACCUGGACUUGUUCCUGCGCUUCCUCCUGGGUCUUUCACUGCAGACCAAUCAGACUCUCCUACGAGGCCUGCUGACACAGACAGGAAGUGGCUCACAGACCAAUCAGGAAACAGUCCAGUUCAUCAAGGAGAAGAUCAGGGACAAUCCCUCUCCAGAGAGAAGCAUCAACCUGUUCCACUGUCUGAAUGAGCUGAAUGACCAUUCUCUAGUGGAGGAGAUCCAACAGCAUCUGAGUUCAGGACGUCUCUCCACAGACAAACUCUCUCCUGCUCUGUGGUCAGCUAUGGUCUUCAUCUUACUGUCAUCAGAAGAAGAUCUGGAGGUGUUUGACCUGAAGAAAUACUCUGCUUCAGAGGAGGCUCUUCUGAGGCUGCUGCCACUGGUCAAAGCCUCCAAGAAAUCUGUGCUGAGUGUGUGUAAUCUGUCAGAGAGAAGCUGUGCAGCUCUGGCCUCAGUUCUCAGCUCCCAGUCCUCUAGUCUGAGAGAGCUGGACCUGAGUAACAACCAGCUGCAGGAUUCAGGAGUGAAGCUGCUCUCUGCUGGACUGGAGAGUCCACACUGCAGACUGGAGACUCUUAGGCUGAGUGUGUGUAAUCUGUCAGAGAGAAGCUGUGCAGCUCUGGCCUCAGUUCUCAGCUCCCCGUCCUCUAGUCUGAGAGAGCUGGACUUGAGUAACAACCAGCUGCAGGAUUCAGGAGUGAAGCUGCUCUCUGCUGGACUGGAGAGUCCACACUGUAGACUGGAGGCUCUCAGGCUGUCAGGCUGUCUGCUCACACAGGAAGGCUGUGCUUCUCUGGCCUCAGCUCUCAGCUCCAACCCCUCCCAUCUGAGAGAGCUGGACCUGAGCUACAAUCAUCCAGGAGACUCAGGAGUGAAGCUGCUCUCUGCUGGACUGGAGGAUCCAACUUGGAGACUGGAGGCUCUCAGGGUGGACCCUCGUGGAGAGCAGUGGUUGAAACCAGGUCUGAGGAAGUAUUCCUGUGAACUCAAACUGGACACAAACACAACAAACAGAAACAUUGUCCUGUCUGAGGACAACAGGAAGGCGACAGCAGUGAGAGAGAAGCAGCCAUAUCCUGAUCACCCAGAGAGGUUUGACCACUGGAAACAGAUCUUGUGUAGAGAUGGUCUGACUGGUCGCUGCUACUGGGAGGUCGAGUGGGAGGGAAAGGUUUCAAUGGCAGUGGCUUACAGAGGAAUCAACAGGAGAGGAAACAGUGAUGACUGUGGGCUUGGCAGGAAUGACAAGUCCUGGAGUCUAGCCUGCCAUGAUGGUGGUUUCUCUGCCAUACACAGUAACAGACCAACAGUCAUCCAUGUCCCCUCCCCCUCUAACAGAGUGGCAGUGUAUCUGGACUGGCCUGCUGGCUCUCUGUCCUUCUACAGCGUCUCCUCUGACACACUGAUCCACCUCCACACCUUCAACAGCACCUUCACUGAGCCUCUGUACCCGGGGUUUGGUGUUACGUUUGUGCCCAGUGCCUCAGUGUCUCUGUGUGACAUUUGA